AUGGCCGGAAAGUCAGCUUUUGUGCCCUUCCUUUUGGUGCUAGUGUUGGUUUGUAUGUCCUGCGGGUUUAGGGUUCAGCCGGAUGUUUUCAGGAUGCCUGCGACGCGAAAUGCACUGGCUGCCUUGGUGGAGGAAUCUGUCCUAAUUGUGGUCUUCAUUACAAUGCUUCUCUUCAGAACUCCUUACAACAGACUUGCAGAAGUCAAAUUUAAGCAAGCUUCAAUUUUUUUGAGACACCCACAAAUUUUGUUUGAAACCCAGAAUACAUAUCACUUACAUGGCAUUGCUUAUGAUCCCCAAACUCCAAUUGGUGACCAUCAAUCUCAAUUGGGACAUAAUGCACACCAACUGUUCGAUGCAAUGUCUGAUUCAAAAGUUGUUACUUACAAUCACUUACUCUUUGAAUAUUCUCGCAGUAAUAAGAAUGUGGAAGCUUUGAAUUUAUUCUUUGAAAUUCAUAGGUUAGGUUUGGUGAAUAAUGGGUCGAGCCUAUCUUGUGCACUGAAGGUGUCUGGUGUUUCAAAUAAUCAGAUUGUUGGAAAACAAUUACAUUGCCAUUGCAUUAAAUCGGGUUUGGGGGUGGAUGGUAGUGUGGGUACUUCUUUAGUUGAUAUGCAUAUGAAGUUUGAUAAUGUGAAAGAUGGAAAGCGUGUGUUUGAUGAAAUGGAGGUGAAAAAUGUGGUUACUUGGACUUCUUUGCUUUCCGAAUAUGUGCGACAUGGAUUGGUAGAACAAGCAUUAGAGGUAUUCACUCGGAUGGGAAAGGAAGGGAUCAGGCCUAACCCUUUUACUUAUGCAGCUGUAUUCGGGGCUUUGUCGGAAUAUUAUAUGAUUGUUAAAGGGAGUCAAGUUCAUGCGGAAGUGAUAAAGAGUGGUUUUGAGUAUUUAAUCCAGUGGCGAAUUCCUUGA